AUGGCUUCCAUCAGCGCCUCGCCGUUCUCACUGCGCCCUUGGCCGACCGGCGAUAAAAAGCCAAAGAAUCUAGGCGAAUUCAUCGCGCGCGUCAAUGCCGAACGUGGAGGCUUCCGGAAUGUGACCGAGGCCGAGUUGCGCGAGGAGGCUCAGGCCCAGGAUGAAGGCCGCCUGACGAGCGCCAACGGCAGCCCCGGUGGUGAGUCCGACUCGGACGACGAUGCCGAGGCAGACAAGUCCAAGACCAUCAUCGAGGCGAGAGAGGAGUUCCUUAGGAAUAUCGAGAUGGCACACCAGUCCGCCAUGCACAGCCUCGAUUUCGUCUCGUUGCUUCUGUCCAAGGAAACGCCAAAUCAAGCCAAUACCACCCUGUCGCCGGCACUGCGUGACAUGGUGGGAUUCGGUGUGCUGGGUGCGUCCAAGCAUCAAGAGUCCAACAUCACACAGGCUCGCAUGCAGGAUGACCUGGCUGUCGCCACAGGCUGGAGGCUGAUGGGUACGAACAAGAUGGUCGAUUCGGUCAUCGAGGCUGCAGAGCGCCUGGAGAAGGAGAUCAGCCUGGAAACCAAGUACUGGGCCGAUGUCCUCGCCGUGAGCGACAACGGUUGGACAGUUGCCUCCCUACCGUACGAGUCUCACACCCUCGGCGUGAGGUACGGCUUUGCCGAAUCGGCUCCCGAGUACCGGAACAGCAGCAUUGCGCCUUUGCGUCGAAGCGACGAUGGGACGGCUCAACUUGGCAACACUGCUGGAGCUGGAGGCGCCAAGAGGGUACGAGUCCUGGUCGAACGCGAUGGACAGGUAACAGGAAAAUCGCGGUUGCCAGGACGAGUGCCGGAGAAUGCUCCACUGCAGGACCGCGUCCUCGAGGCACGUAACACCAUCUUCGCUGAGGAGUUAUGGUAUGAGAUCAACAAAGAGGCACGCACUCUACUCUCACUAAACGUACGAUCCACUGAUGCUGGGCUCGUCUACGACGUCGACGCAAAGACUAAGAUUACCCUGUCCCUGGAAGACCUGAGCGAACCUGAAGAUGGCAAUGGCCAACCGGAUAGCACCUUGGCAGACACAGCCAUCCUCGGGCUGCAUUUCCUCCUCAUCUUCAACCACCGCAUGCAAUACUUCAAGCGCACUCAGUCAACUCAGGCAGCAGCCGGCCGAAACAACGCGACACACGGCAUCCUGCGUCCCUUGCUUGCUCGCCUCACAUACGAUUCUUCCUGCAGCGCGCUGACGAGUUUCCUCACCGGGCUGAAAGUCACUUUACACGGGGCAGGGCUGUCGAGCAUGGCCUUCACGCAAUCGUACGUCCCGCCCGAGGACUCGCUGUCCCAUCACCAGCUCAGCCAGCUGUACGUGCAGGCCUGGCGGGCGACUCCGUCCGAAUCCCUCAUCAUCAACCUGGCGCAGCUCCUCGAGCUGACCGUCGAGCUUACUAUCACACCCGAGGCGCGAUUGACGCUGCGCGGGAAGAGCUUCGCGAGUCCUGUCCUCACAACAAUGUUCAGGGUCACACUGCCCGGAUCUACUGGCGACAACCAGGCAACCCAGGGCCAGGACCAAGCCCCAGACACACCCAACCCCCUGGAGGAGUCGUACCCACCGUACGGGACAGAGCCUUACCCCAAUGUCCACGAGGCCAUCUACUAUGUUCGCCAGGCCGCGACCCGCGCCAUUGUUGCGAAGCUGUCGGACACGGCCUCGGAGCAAUUGGAGCGGGAGGAUAUCGUAUGGUCCGAGACAAUGACCGGGCCCACCAUCACGGCUCGUGAUAACAAGGAGCUGCGACUGGAGAUCCGGGAUACACCAGCGCUCGCUCUGGUGGCCAGCAUGAAGUGGAUGGAGGGUAAGGACCUGAAGUCGCGACAGGUGACGUGGACCGCCACCUCGCAGAAUCAAGAAGCUGUGGAGGAAGUAGUGGUGAACUUCUUUCGUAACUGA